AUGUGUAGAGAAAAUCAGACACUGCUUCGUACGCAAGAAGAACAUGAUCGUCAAGUAGACCAAAUUGAAAAUGCUGUUGGGCGGAGAAAAGAUGAAUUAAGAACGGGGUACGGUAUUAAUAGAAAAACCGCCUUGACUUUAAUAGAAGGAUUUCAUCCUUUACUGUCCACUCCACCAGACUUAGUUCACGAUGAUUGGUUGGGAAUUUGUGUUCGAACCACCAAACUGUUUCUAAGAGAAAUUUGUUUUACUUUACAAUUAAUUUCUCUUGACGAUCUAAAUGGUAGAAUAACAGAUUUUGAUUACGGAUACACAGAAAAAUCUGAAAAACCAUCACCAAUCAGUCAAAAGCAUGUAAUAGAUAUGAAUGAAGGAUUUAAGCAGACAGCGGCACAGAUGGCACAAUUAGUUACAAUGUUGCCAUUAAUCAUUUCUGAUAAAGUUCCUGAAGGAUUGCUUGCGUUAGAGAAUUAUUUGAAAAUGAUUGAAUAUAUUCUUAUUUCACAUGCCGAUACAAUUAAUUCCUCGAUAUUAGACUAUUUGAGUAGAUGCAUUUCAGGAUAUCUGGAAACAUUUGAAGCAGCCUACAAUGAACAUCUCACUCCCAAACAGCAUUUCUUAUUACAUAGAGUAGCUGCAAUUUUAAGAUAUGGGCCUUUACAGAAUUAUAAAACGAUGAGAGCAGAAGCUUUUCAUCAAGUUUCUAAACGGAUGGCUCAAUGUCUACUCACGUAUAAAAAUCUACCACUGACAUUAGCAAAAAAACACCAGUUGCGUGAAGCAUUUAUAUUACAAGGAGAUUUGGGAAGAGAAAUGACUAAAGGUCCUUCAAAGUGGGUUCCUAUCGAUGCAAUUAUUUAUCAAGAUUUAUUUCCUGAUGUAAGACGUUUGCAAAUUGCAAAUUGGGUAAUGAUAAAUGGAAUUAAAUAUGUUCCGUUGAAAUGCUUUUUAGCUACAGGGUACAGUGAAGAAAAUCUACCUGAAUUCGUAGUCUUGCAUGCCAUUGUUUGGAGAAACGAGAAUCCUAUUUUCGUUUGUCGAACAGUUACAACUGUUGAGCACAAUAUGAUUUUAAUGUCCUAUGAAGUUAAAAUUAAUGAACAAUAUGUUUCUUUAACAUAUAAUGAUUUAUUGACGCCAGAUGUAUUUCAUGGACACCGUUGGAUUAACAAACAAUAUAUCAUUAUAAAAAAAGCGCUUGGAAAUUUGCAUUAA